GAAGAUCUUCUUGUCUGUACCUGUAGUGCUCUUUCUUUUUCUUCAGCAUGCACGGAGGCUGGCGGUAGAUGUUGUUGUGUGUUGUUUACGUACAGUAAUCCUCCUUCCUUUGUCUUGCAGGCCAGUCAGCCAAUAAUUUGGUUGACGUUCAAGAUUGUGGUGUCCUCUUCUCGAUUCGUAAUCAAAACCAUUGCUUUCAUCGACCCUUACUUAAUUAGCGUUUACUUGUUUUGGAACUAGUAGAAUUUUCACAACUUCGGGUGAACAGAAGAAAAAGUAGCCUUGCAUUCGGAGUGCAUCCACCAUGCCGAUGCAGAUCUUCGUGCGUGGCGUCGACGGCGCCUCGCAGGUGCGUUGCGUCGAUGAGAAGGCCACGGUUGGGGAACUGCUGGCCACUCUGGACGUCGUGGAAAAAGAGCAGGAAAAUAAUUUCCACUUGUCCUAUGGGGGCAAGGACAUCCCGGAAGACGCUUUCGUCGGGGAGGUGCUGCAAGAGGAGUGCACGGUCGACGUGAAUGUCGACCUGCUCGGCGCGGGGAAGAAGCGCAAGAAGAAGCAGUACACCAAGCCGAAGAAGAUCAAGCACAAGCACAAGAAAGUCAAGCUCGCAGUGUUGAAAUACUACAAGGUAAAGUACAACGUGAAGAUGAACACCAGCAUUCGGAUUCCUCAGUCCUCCAAAACUUAUUUAUUUUCAGAAAUAUCGAUAAAGAUGAAAUGUCACAACUAGCUCGUAUGAUCUCGUCCGCACUUGCGAAUUAUAAAAUAAUGACCAAUACGAAACACGUCGACAGGUCGACGCCAACAACAAAGUGACCCGGUUGCGUAAGGAGAGCCCGAUCUGCGGAGCAGGCGUCUUCAUGGCGAUGCAUCACAACCGCUACCAUUGCGGGAAGUCCGGGCUGACCUUCAUGUUUAACAAGGAGGACGAGAAGUAGACGGUGUUGACGGUGAUAAGAAGAAGAACAACUACAUCAUGAUAUAUUUAUAUUAUCAGAUGUAUCACAAGAAUUAUGAGUUCUGUAUCUGCUCUAUGAUCUGCAGGUACCCCUAGAAAAUGAAAGCUUAUUUUCAGAAAUACAAUUUUUGAAGAAUCGUCAGCAUGAUUUGCUGCAUUUGCCUACUUCUCUGAGGGCCUUUUCGAACACGCCUGAGGAUGCAACAAGCGAGUCAAAUGAUUAAUGGUGGACGAUCGAUGCAAGUAGUAAGUAGGCCCGAUGGUGCUCCUGAUCUUCAACUUAGUCCAAGUGUUAGGCCUACUACAUGGCGGCAGAAGAUAGUGCGUGCUUUCAGUACGAAAUCACAACGAGCAUCAUCCUCUUCGUCGUCCAGGUGGAUAAUUUUGACCGAUUUUCAGGCGGCUUGGAAUCAUGAGCAAAGUGCCUGCUUACCAAAUAAUCAAUGAAGAUGGCACAACUUCUUUAUCCACUGCUAAUAUUACACCUGAUGCUUUACGAGUGGUGAAGGACUACAGCACUACUUUUUUGCAAAUAUAUCGACUGGACACCAGCAUCGUUCGCUAAUUUCUGUCGUCACACGACAUUGCAGAGUCUUUUGAAUUCUGACGAAUCAAUGGUGAAAAUCAGGAUGGUGCAUGAAGCAAUGGAGCGGUAGUUCUGACGACGAGGAGCAGUCACAACACGAGUAUUCUUUUCAUCGUCGGCAGUGCAACAGCGCUUUCAGAAGCAGGAUCAUUCCGUUUCUUGACGUUGACGGUGUCGUGGUUGUUGAUAUUGUCCACCUCCAACUAUCAAUCUACUAUCGAAUAAUGUGUAUUUUUAU